GCUGCAGUCGUGGAAGCGGACGGCAUCUUCUCCGACCCCUUCAACUUCACCGCCAACUGGGUGGGCCCCAACGUCUUCUACAACGGCGUCUUCUGCGCGCCCCACCCGUCCGGCGGCGGGCUCGCCGUGGCCGGGAUCGACCUCAACCACGCCGACAUCGCGGGGUACAUCCCGGAGGACCUCCCCCGGGGCCUCCCCGACCUCGCGCUGCUCCACCUCAACUCCAACCGCUUCUGCGGCGUGCUCCCGGACACCUUCCUCCACCUCCGCCUCCUCCACGAGCUCGACCUCAGCAACAACCGCCUCGUGGGGCCCUUCCCGGAGGUGGUCCUCACGCUGCCGUCGCUCAGGUACCUCGACCUCAGGUUCAACGAGUUCGAGGGGCCCAUCCCGCCGGCGCUCUUCGACCGCCGGCUCGACGCCAUCUUCAUCAACAACAACCGCCUCACGCGCCCCAUCCCGGCCAACCUGGGGAACUCGCCGGCGUCGGUGGUCGUGCUCGCGCACAACAGGCUCGGCGGAUGCAUCCCGCCGUCGAUUGGGAGGAUGGCCGCCACGCUCAACGAGAUCGUGCUCAUCGACGACGAGCUCAGCGGAUGCAUCCCGCCGCAGGUCGGGCUGCUCAGCCAGGUCACCGUGUUCGACGUCAGCGGCAACCACCUCCAGGGCCCGCUCCCCGGGAGCGUCGCCGGGAUGAGUGCCCUCCAGCAGCUCAACGUCGCGGGCAACCUCCUCCGGGGGCCCAUUCCGCCCGCGGUCUGCGGCCUGCAGAGGAGCCUCAGGAACUUCACCUACGAGGACAACUUCUUCACCUCGCGCCCCGGGUGCCCGGCGGCCACGGCGGACGGGAGGUGGAACUGCAUCCCUGGGGCUCCAGCGCAGCGCCCGCCGGCGCAGUGCGCCGCCGCGGGCGUCCCGUUCGACUGCAGCACGGCGCAAUGCCAGGCACCGCCGGCGUCCAGCCCGCCUGGUGGUGGUGACAUUGGGUCUCCCCCUGGCUCGGGCUCCGGCAGUCCUCCGCAGACAUUGCCGCCGCCAGGCUCCAACACGCCGUCAUACCCAUCGCCUCCAGGGAGCUCCACGUCGCCGCCAGGUAGCUCCACUUCCCCGCCAGGGGGCUCCACCACGCCGUCGUACCCGUCUCCACCAGGGGGCUCUUCGACGACGCCACCCGGCGGCGGCGGCAGCCCCAACCCGUCAAUGCCGCCUUCAUCCGGGCCAUCCCAUGGUGGCUCGCCUCCGUCAUCCGGCUACCAGCCGCCAUCGUCCGGGUGGUCACCCUCAGGUCAACCCGUGGUAGCACCACCCACUGAGCACCCCGGCGGCGUCUGGCCGCCGCACUCGCCGUCGGCUCCAGGCACGCCAGGGUCGACAUUCCCGCCGACGACCCCUGGCGCGCCAGGAUCGCCAUCGACUCCGACGACUCCGGGCACGCCAGGAUCGACAUACCCGCCGACGACUCCCGGCGCACCAGGAUCGCCGUCAUCCCCGACAACUCCAGGAGGCACACCAGGAUCAAGUACCCCCGGCACACCAGGGUCGCCAUCGACGCCGACGACGCCAGGCUACCACCCACCAUCCCCAGGAACACCGUCUUCUCCAGGCUCUUGGUCGCCGCCACCCCAUGGCGGCGACCACGGCGGUGACCAUGGGAACCAGCACUCCCCACCAUCCACACCCGGCGGCGGGGGCAGCGGCGGUUUUCCAUUCCCGCCCGUCCACGGCGUUUCCUACUCUUCCCCUCCGCCACCGUCCGACCCGGGGAAGCUGCCAUUCCCGUUCCCGCCCGUCCACGGCGUGUCCUACUCGUCCCCGCCGCCGCCUCUGCUCCCUCCCGUCCACGUCUACGGCGUGUCCUACGCGUCCCCACCGCCGCCAACGACGCCGUACAAGAACAACAACUAGCCGUAGCAGCCGAGCCGAGCAGCCGGCCGGCCGGGCGCCACCUCCGCGCCCGGGCGGUCAGCGCACCUCGCCGGAGACAGAGUCGUCGACGUCAUCGGUACAUCUUGCACUGUAGCUGUUCCUUUCUUUCCCCAUUUCUUCGUCUUCCUCCUGCCGUUCUUUUUUUUACUGUAGCUUAAAGUUUCUCUCCUUUGAGGUUUGUUCGAUCGGAUUGGAUUCAGAGGCUCUGCGGAUUCUUUGUUCGUUCUCUACUAGUUCGUUACUACUAAAGUACUAGCACUUUACUCCAUGAUCAUCAGUUCA